AUGGAGUUCGCCGACUAUCCGGGCCUGAAUGCAGACCUGGCAGCAGACUUCCAUGCGCGGCACUUUACCAGGCGGGACACACACAUGUUCUCGGACCACCUGGGUCAGAUGCCGCAUUUCAAUCCUGCUGCCCUCGCUGGACUGGCUGUUGACGUCAAGCCGCGCUUGACAAAAGAACAGCACGAUGUACUUGAGAACGAGUUCAGGAAACAAGCAAAGCCCAACACAAAUACCAAAAAGAGAUUCGCCGAGGUCUUGGGCGUCUCAUUAGACAAGGUCAACAACUGGUUCCAGAACCGCAGAGCAAAGUCGAAGCAGGACGCCAAAAAGGCAGCUGGUGCUUACAACAUGCUGCAAGCGCAGCAGCAGGGCCAACAGCAGCAACCCAGCUUCGUCGGCAUCAACCCCAUGGGUGGACUGAACAGCAUGCCCGGCGAGCAGCCCUUCUGUAUGCCCAACCUGUACAACGGUGUCCGUGACAACUCCAUUAUGGACGGGCCCAUGUCUAGCGGUCUGGGUAUUAGCCAGCCCGAGAGCACCUUUGCCUCGCUCGACCAAAUCACAUCCCAACCCAUGCGCCAUCAAGCGUCAACACAGUCUCUGGCCUCGCAGCACUCGGUGCACUCCGACUCGUUUUCCGACUCCAACAACAGACACACUUUGACCCAGGCUCAGUUUAAUGCCUACUCGCAGCCCUCUUUCGCCAACAUGUCGACCGCUGAUAGCAGCGCGGCCUUGAACUCGACUGCCAAUGGCGACUUUUACUCUGAAUUCUGCGACUUUUCCUUUGACAACCAAUCUGUUGAUCCCUUGACGUCGCCUCCUAUGCACUCCAACGAGAGCAUCGAUUCUUUUGCUCCUGACGCUGUGACUGACUUCAAGCUUUCUGAUAACGCGCUGCGCAACGCUUCGUCUAGUUCGGAUGGAUCUGCCCCUUCAGUGACCAUCUCACCAGCAGAGGACAAAGAAGAUACAUUCGACAUGGAACUACCAAGUGAGGCCAAGGCUUCGCAACCGACUGUGACGUCUCCUCAAUGGCAGCCUGGCCAGUCUGUACCUGUGGAGAUGGACAACCUCCGCAAAGAAUUCCAAGAGGCCGCUAUGCGUCGCGACUUCUCGGUCCAGUCAAUUCCCGACCCCAGCGAGUACCUCGAUCAGCACAUGGACUUCCCUGACGACGACUACAACCGUCGCGAAUCUUCAACGGUCCAGCUUGCUCGUUCGAUGCAGAGCUUCACCAUGGCGCCACAACGGUCCGCCAUGCCAUCUUCCAGUAUCGCCGCUCGUCGUCAGCGCCCUCGUCCCGCUCCCUUGGGCACAUCGAACGCCCGCAGUACUUCUUACUGUGGCACACUGCCCACAUCGCCCGGCCCCGUUGCUGGCACUCAGCCGGUAGGAGGUCAUACUCUGCGCCGUAUCAAGUCAUCUCAAGCCAUGAACGGUAUUGCUGGUGGUCGCAUCCAGAAGAACAUUGGAUCCGCCCAACGCUCGCCUUCCGGCUAUACUACCUUUGCUGAAGCCAACAAUGCUCGCUAUGGUCGUCGCGUCUCGGCCUUCUCCCCUGCUUACGCCAGUCUUGCCGCAUCGACUGCUAGUCUCGCUCCUCCAACCCCAUUGUCUCCUACCAACACAUCACACAAACUGCGCCAGAUGCAAUCCCAGCCUAUGCUAAGACAAACGAGCUUGCCCGAGGGCGAUGAGAACUACAUAGUCUCUGGCAUGAACUUCUCCCCACCUUCAACACCUCUCUACGGUGGACAAUUCAUUCGCAGCCGCAUGGGAAGUCUAGCUGUCCCUAGUGAUAACACUCCUCCUCAGUCGGCUCCUCCCACUCAGCAGUGUUUCCCCAGCGGUGCUUUCAGCCCACCUCAUAUGGCAGCAAUGCCUAUGGUUCAAUCGCAGACCAACCCUCAAGGAUUCCUUGGUAUGCUGCCUAACGAGUACCCUCAGAUGCACAACGUCAUGUUUCCUGCCCAGCAACAGCAGAACCAAUACCUAGACACUCAAAUGUCGUACAUCAUGACAAGUACAGGCGAGGUCAUUUCAGGAUACCCCGUUAUGCCUGCUUUCACUCAAAAUCACAUGCAGCAAGCGACGCCUCCUCACCAGCAGCAACCUUUCCUGCCAUCUUCAAGUCUCAGCCCGGGUGUCCUUGGUUCUUCGCAGGUCCCGAAGCACAUCAACCCCGGAGCCGAUCUUUUCAUCCACGAGUACUCACCUCCGCGAGACGUCAAACAAUCUAAUACUCCCCGUAAAGCCGUUGAGUCUGGACCCAAGAACUACACCUUUUCCAACCACGGACCGGAAUACUUCGAAAAGCAUGCCAAACAGAAGGGCAGCUCCAGUCCUGCAUCCUCCUCCUGUGAAUCCGCCGCCGCAUAA